AUGUUGAGAAGCAGACAAUGGACUUCAACUGCAGAAAUUUCAACUGCAAGUACACAGACAUCCACUACAGCGCAAGCCACCAUAUCAGCUCCUGCCUCAAGCAGUACGAUAUCAUCGACAAAUGCCGGGAGCUCUACAAAAGCAUCGACAACUGCAGUAACAUCAAUCACAACACCACUCCCUUCAACAAGUGCAGCAACAGAAAUUUCAACUGCAAAUACACAAACAUCCACAGCAGCAGAAACCUCGACAUCAGCUUCUGUCUCAACGACUGCAACAGCACAAACUCCAGUGAGCUCAACUGAAACAACAAGAACUGAAGCAACAACAGCCACCACUCCACUCCCAUCAACAAGUGCAGCAGAUACAUCAUCUUCAAGUACACAGACGUCCACGGCAGCACUGACCUCUACGUCUGCUCCUCCCUCAAUAAGUGGAACAGCAUCAACAUCCACCAUAGGCUAUACAGAAGGGUCAACAGCUGAGGAAUCGACAAUCACUAUGUCACUCCCAACAAGAGUCCCAGCAGCAGCAGUAUCACCAACAAAUAAACAGACAUCCACCGCAGCACUGACCUCUACAUCAGCUCCUGCCUCGACAAGUGGAACAGCAUCAAUAUCCACCGCAGGCUCAACUGAAGGGACAACAACUGAAGAAUUGACAAUCACUACGUCACUCCCAACAAGUGUCCCAGCAGCAGCAGUAUCACCAACAAAUAAACAGACAUCCAGCGAAGCACUGACCUCCACAUCAGUUCCUGCCUCGACAAGGGGAACAGCAUCAACAUCCACCGCAGGCUCUACUGAAGGGACAACAACUGAAGAAUUGACAAUCACUACGUCACUCCCAACAAUAAGUGCAGCACAAGCAUCUGCAACAAAUACACAGUCGUCAACAGUAGCACUGACCACUUCAUCAGCUUAUGCCUCAACAAGUACAAUAGCACCAACAUCUACAGCAAGCUCGACAGAACCAUCGACAUCCGAGGCAACGACAGUGACAACCUCAUUCCCUUCAUCAAGUACAACUGCAGAAAUUUCAACUGCAAAUACACAGACAUCCACUACAGCACAAGUCACCACAUCAGCUCCUGCCUCAAGCAGUACGAUAUCAUGGAAAAAUGCUGGGAGCUCUACAAAAGCAUCGACAACUGCAGUAACAUCAAUCACAACAUCAAUCCCUUCAACAAGUGCAGCAACAGAAACUUCAACUGCAAAUACACAGACAUCCACAGCAGCAGAAACCGCGACAUCAGCUUCUGUCUCAACAGGUGCAACAGUACAAACUACAGUGAGCUCAACUGAAACAACAAGAACUGAAGCAACAACAGCCACCACUCCACUCCCAUCAACAAGUGCAGCAGAUACAUCAUCUUCAAGUACACAGACGUCCACGGCAGCACUGACCUUUACGUCUGCUCCUCCCUCAAUAAGUGGAACAGCAUCAACAUCCACCAUAGGCUAUACAGAAGGGUCAACAGCUGAGGAAUCGACAAUCACUAUGUCACUCCCAACAACAAGUGCAGAUACAUCAUCUUCAAGUACACAGACGUCCACGGCAGCACUGACCUCUACAUCAGUUCCUGCCUCGACAAGUGGAACAGCAUCAACAUCCACUGCACGCUCCACUGAAGGGUCAACAACUGAAGAAUCGACAAUCACUACGUCACUCCCAACAACAAGUGCAGCAGCAGUAUCACCAACAAAUAAACAGACGUCUACGGCAGCACUGACCUCUACAUCAGCUCCUGCUUCGACAUUUGGAACAGCAUCAACAUCCACCGCAGGCUCUACUGAAGGGUCAACAACUGAAGAAUCGACAAUCACUACGUCACUCCCAACAACAAGUGCGGCACAAGCAUCAACAACAAAUACACAGACGUCCACAGUAGCACUGACCGCUUCAUCAGCUCCUGCCACAACAAGUACAAUAACACAAACAUCUACAGCAAGCUUGACAGAAACAUCGACAUCUGAGGCAACGACAGUGACAACCUCACUCCCAUCAUCAAGUGCAACUGCAGAAAUUUCAACUGCAAGUACACAGACAUCCACUACAGCACAAGCCACCACAUCAGCUCCUGCCUCAAGCAGUACGAUAUCAUCGACAACUGCCGGGAGCUCUACAAAAGCAUCGACAACUGCAGUAACAUCAAUCACAACAUCACUCCCUUCAACAAGUGCAGCAACAGAAAUUUCAACUGCAAAUACACAGACAUCCACAGCAGCAGAAACCUCGACAUCAGCUUCUGUCUCAACGACUGCAACAGCACAAAGUCCAGUGAGCUCAACUGAAACAACAAUAACUGAAGCACCACCAGCCACCACUCCACUCCCAUCAACAAGUGCAGAUACAUCAUCUUCAAGUAUACAGACGUCCACGGCAGCACUGACCUCUACGUCUGCUCCUCCCUCAAUAAGUGGAACAGCAUUAACAUCCACCAUAGGCUAUACAGAAGGGUCAACAGCUGAGGAAUCGACAAUCACUAUGUCACUCCCAACAAGAGCAGCAGUAUCACCAACAAAUAAACAAUCAUCCACCGCAGCACUGACCUCUACAUCAGUUCCUGCCUCGACAAGUGGAACAGCAUCAAAAUCCACUGCAGGCUCCACUGAAGGGUCAACAACUGAAGAAUCGACAAUCACUACGUCACUCCCAACAACAAGUGCAGCAGCAGUAUCACCAACAAAUAAACAGACGUCUACGGCAGCACUGACCUCUACAUCAGCUCCUGCUUCGACAUUUGGAACAGCAUCAACAUCCACCGCAGGCUCUACUGAAGGGUCAACAACUGAAGAAUCGACAAUCACUACGUCACUCCCAACAACAAGUGCGGCACAAGCAUCAACAACAAAUACACAGACGUCCACAGUAGCACUGACCGCUUCAUCAGCUCCUGCCACAACAAGUACAAUAACACAAACAUCUACAGCAAGCUUGACAGAAACAUCGACAUCUGAGGCAACGACAGUGACAACCUCACUCCCAUCAUCAAGUGCAACUGCAGAAAUUUCAACUGCAAGUACACAGACAUCCACUACAGCACAAGCCACCACAUCAGCUCCUGCCUCAAGCAGUACGAUAUCAUCGACAACUGCCGGGAGCUCUACAAAAGCAUCGACAACUGCAGUAACAUCAAUCACAACAUCACUCCCUUCAACAAGUGCAGCAACAGAAAUUUCAACUGCAAAUACACAGACAUCCACAGCAGCAGAAACCUCGACAUCAGCUUCUGUCUCAACGACUGCAACAGCACAAAGUCCAGUGAGCUCAACUGAAACAACAAUAACUGAAGCACCACCAGCCACCACUCCACUCCCAUCAACAAGUGCAGAUACAUCAUCUUCAAGUAUACAGACGUCCACGGCAGCACUGACCUCUUCGUCUGCUCCUCCCUCAAUAAGUGGAACAGCAUUAACAUCCACCAUAGGCUAUACAGAAGGGUCAACAGCUGAGGAAUCGACAAUCACUAUGUCACUCCCAACAAGAGCAGCAGUAUCACCAACAAAUAAACAAUCAUCCACCGCAGCACUGACCUCUACAUCAGCUCCUGCCUCGACAACUGGAACAGCAUCAAUAUCCGCCGCAGGCUCAACUGAAGGGACAACAACUGAAGAAUUGACAAUCACUACGUCACUCCCAACAAGUGUCCCAGCAGCAGCAGUAUCACCAACAAAUAAACAGACAUCCACUGCAGCACUGACCUCUACAUCAGCUCCUGCCUCGACAAGUGGAACAGCAUCAACAUCCACUGCAGGCUCUAAUGAAGGGUCAACAACUGAAGAAUCGAAAAUCCCUGCAUCACUCCCAACAACAAGUGUAACAGCAGCAGCAGAACAGUUGACUGCAAAUAUGCAGACGUCCAUUGCAGCCGGAGCCUCUACAUCAGCUCCUGCCUCAACAAGUACGAUAGCAUUGAGAACCGCAGUGAUAUCAAUCACAACAUCACUCCCUUCGACAAAUGCAGCAACAGAAACUUCAGCUGCAAAUACACAUACAUCCACAGCAGCAGAAGCCUCAACAUCAGCUUCUGUCUCAACAGAUACAGUAGCGCAAACAACUACAGUGAGUUCCAAUGAAGCAUCAACAACUGCAGCAACAACAGGCACUACUCCACUCCCAUCAACAAGUGCUGCAGAAGCAUUGACAAUAAAUACACAAAUGUCAACAGCAGCACCGACCUCUACAUCAGCUCUUGCGUCAACAAGUAGAUUAGCACCAACAACUGCAGCAACUGCACCUGAACCAUCAACGACAAUGACAACUUCCCUCCUUUCAACAAGUAAAUCAUCAUCUAUUGUGACACCAUCAGGAAGAGAAACCCCUUCUACAUCCAUUCAAAUCUCAACAAAUGUACAUGCAACAAGCUCAGCAGUGUUGGUGACCACCAGUGAAGCAGCCACAACACAAACAACCAGCCCAAUGACAGUGGAACCCCCCAUUGUACCUGUUACAGUCAAUCCAAAUCAAGAAACACAGGCAAAAGAAUUUAAUGUAACCUUCACUGUGCUUACACUGUCAUUCACAUCAAGUCUACAAAAUCUCAGUUCACCGUUGUACAUUGCAAAAUCAAGCAACAUUCGUGAAGAGCUCAAAAACUUGUAUGCCAAUAGCAAAGUAAAAUCAACAUUCUUGCGUUGUCAGUCUGUAUCUUUCAGACCUGCAAGUGAUGGAAACAGUACGGUUGAGGCAAUCUGCGCUUUGAGUGCUAAUGCCCAGCAAGUUGAUAAAGUUCUACUCUACCAUGAAUUCCGAGACAACACAGGGGGCAUUGACACCUUAGGAAUAUAUUCACUAGACAGCAACAACCUCUUUAUCAAUGGUUACCAUGAAUCAGCUGUUUUAACCACAACAGAAACAUUGACAAAUACACAGACCUCCUUGGUAGAACAGACCUCUGCAUCAACUCCUGCCUCAACAAGUAUAGUUGCACCAACAACUACAGUGAGUUCUAUGAAAGCAUUGACAACUAAAGAAAACACAAUCAUAACAUCACUCACUUCAACAAGUGCAGCAGAACCAUUAACAGCAAAUACACGGAUCUCCACUGCAGCCCAAACCUCUAUAGCAGCUCCUGCUGCAACAAGUACAAUAGCACCAACAACUACAGCGACCACAAUUGAGGAAUCAACAACUGAAGCAACAACAAUGACAACAUUACUCCCUUCAAUAAGUGAAUAUACAUCAAAUUUAAUAACAAUGGCAGAAUCUUCGAGUGCAAAUACACAGGUCUCUAUUGCAGCACCGACCUCUACAUCAGCUCCUGCCUCAACAAGUACAAUAGCACCAAUGACUACAGGGAUUUCAACUGAAGCAUCAAUAACAUCACUCCCUUCAACAUAUGCAACAGAAGCUUCAACUGCAAAUACAUAUACAUCCACAGAAGCACAAACCUCAACAUCAGCUUCUGUCUCAAUAAGUACAAUAGCACCAACUGCAGUGAGCUCCACUGUAACAGCAACAACUAAAGCAACAACAGGCACUACACCACUCCCAUCAACAACUGCAACAGAGACUUUGACUGAAAAUAUACAGACAUCCGCUGCAGCAACAAACUCUACAUCAGCUCCUGCCUCAACAAGUACAAUAGCACGAAUAAGUAAAGUGAGCUCUACAGAAGCAUCAACAACAGAAGCAACAACAAUUAUGCCAUCACUCCUUUCAACAAGUGAAACAUUAUCUACAAGUACACAGAUUUCCACUGCAACACCGUACUCUACAUCAAGUAAAAUUACACCAACACCUUCAGCAAGCUCUACUGAAGUAUUGAUAACUGAAGCAGCGACAAUCACAAAAUCGUCAACUGUAACUUCAGCUGCAUAUAGACAGACUUCUACUACAGUACAGACCUCCACAUCAGCCCCUGCCUCAACAAGCAUUGUAGCACCAACAACUACGAUGAAAUCUACUGAAGCAUCGAUAACUAAAGCAACAACAAUCACAACACUCACUUCAACAAGUGGCGAGUACACUAUGAUUUUAUCCACUAGUCCUCCUGAUUCCAUUUAA